UACUGAGUCAAGAGGGGUGAGCCUCGGCGCGUGGAGUCACCGUGGGAACCGGAGACUGACAGGGCAGGGGAGGGGACUGUCUCCCUGCACGCGCGUCCACUCAGAGGCUCUGAAUCAUUAUCAGGCGGCGGAUGGUGCUCGUCAGGCGCUGGGACAGAGCUGACAGUGCUGAGGAUGGAGGGACAGUGCAGCCGCUGUAAGAUCGUGGUGGUGGGUGACACUCAGUGCGGGAAGACGGCGCUGCUGCAUGUGUUCGCCAAGGACAGCUACCCAGAGAAUUACAUGCCCACAGUGUUUGAGAACUACACGGCCAGCUUUGAGAUCGACAAGCAGCGCAUCGAGCUGAACAUGUGGGACACAUCAGGGUCCUCGUAUUAUGAUAACGUGCGGCCCCUGGCGUAUCCAGACUGUGAUGCUGUGCUCAUUUGUUUUGAUAUCAGCAGACCAGAGACGCUGGACAGCAUCCCUAAGAAGUGGCAGGUGGAGGCUCAAGAGUAUUGUCCAAAUGCAAAGUUGGUGCUGGUUGGCUGUAAGUUGGAUAUGAGAACAGAUGUCAGCACCUUACGAGAACUGUCCAAACAGAGACUCAUACCUGUCACUCAUGAACAGGGGAGUUUACGAGCACGCGAGCUGGGUGCAGUUGCAUAUGUGGAAUGUUCGUCCCGAAUGUGCGUAAACAGUGUCCGAGACGUCUUUCACAUCACCACACUGGUGUCCGUCAGACGUGAGGCCAUCCCGAGCCUCAAGAGAAGCUCCUCGCGCCGUGCUCUCAAGCGCAUAUCUAAUCAGCCUCUACCGCCAGUCAGCUCACAAGCCACGCCCCUUGAACCCACGCCGACCCUCAGGGAGGACAGAGCCAAGAGCUGCACAAUCAUGUAGACUAAUGCACACACAGUCACAGUGGUGUGUGUGUGUGUGUGUGAAUGAAGAGACUGAACAAAAAAAAGACUGUAUUUAUGGGAGAGUCAUAUUGUCCCAUAUAUGGCCCAUGGGAUUGUACAGCUGUGUGAAUACAUUAUACAGAGGAGUUCUAUUUAUUAACUUCAAGUUUGCUUUUAUUUUUAUCAUUGUGGUAUUGCUUAGCUGACCUAAGUGUCACAAACUGUGUAAAGCAAAUGCAAAAAGAAUAAAAAAAGGGGUUGGAUAUUUUUGUGUGGACAGCUUCAAUUUACCUUUACUGAAAAGACACUUCUUUUUGGUUUUGUUUUUCAGUCUCAUGCUUUAAUUUUCUCUCUUGGGUCACACUUCUCUAGAGAUCACAGAUCUGUAGCAAGCUCAUUUGUGUGGAACUAAAUCCCUGGAAUUCUAGAGUUCUGAGAAUCUUUCCCCAGCUUUAGCCAUGAUUAGCGUUAGCAGAACAAAGACAUCUGUGACUUCUGCUGUUCGCUGCUUUACAUGUGUGACAGCACCAUCAGUCAUGCUCCGUGACGUUACAAAGACUUCAUUCACACUAUAGUGAAACACCAACGCAAGUGCUGUCUAAGGAUAGACGUGGUAUAUUUUUGUGAGGCAGAAUUUCUGAAGUUAAUGUGGGAAGUUGGAGUUUUCUAGGUUACAUCAAAGGGAUAGUUGGCCAAAAAAUGAGAAUUCUGUCAUUAUUUAAUCACCCUCAUGUCAUUCCAAACCUGUAUGACUUUCACUGUAUGGAUUAAAGAGCACAAGGACAUUUUUCAGUGUAUUUACUUCUGUGAUCCACAAAAGAAAGUGAAGUCAUGCAGGUUUGGAAUGACAUGGGGGUGAGUAAAUGAGUAAAUUUGACAAAUUUCAGUGGUGGGUGAACUAUCCCUUUGAACUAUGUUUAUUGCAAUAGAAAAUAAAUUCAACAUGUCAUUCAGUUUGUAAAAACAAGCUCUUUACAGUAAGGUUUACUCAUUUUGAACAAUGCAGUGACAAUGACAGUUCACUGGGGUAAAACAUUACACUGUAUUAAUAUUAAAAUACACAGUUUCAAAAUACUAGUGAAUUUGUAAAGAAUGUGGGAGGAUUUCGAUAUAAGCCAAGAGGAGACUGAUUUUCCUUUGCUAAAGUAAGGAAACUUUGCUUCUUUUGAUCCUGUUAACAAACGUUGGUUUUCACGAGACU